ACAUUUAAUGCACAAUGUAUGGCCCAGUUCGUAACUAAGCAAAGUAGGAAGGACUGUCUGCCAAGCAUUCGCAACCGAGUCGAGCAGUCAUAUGGUUCCGAUCGUUGUUGAACUCUGAAUUUCAUUCUUUUGACAGUAAUAUUUUUGCCUAAAACAGGGGAGCGAAACUCCUGUCGCGACUCCCCGACGCAAGCGCAGCGGAAGUAACUGUUUCUCCAAGGCAGUUAUAGUGACUUCACGCAGUAAAGCGCUUAUCGAAUUGAACGAGGGCGUUGUGUCUUAGGAGGCUUCUUCUCCUCGUCGCAGCAUGGCUACCUGGCAGGAAGCGCUUGACGCGCUUGGAGCAACCGGCGUCCUGCCCGUUUCACCUCUAGGACCUUCACAGCGUAAUAUGGAUUUUACGAACAAGGUCCGGCCCCCCAGUCCUACCCUACAACUGCAUAACGUCGCUGCGGUUUACGCAACAUCCGAUGCACGCUUGCGUCCAGUCGCUGCUCCGGCAACGCUCUUCGCGGCAAGCGUAGUGGUGGAGCAGCAGUGCCGCGCUCUCAGCACCCGUGAACGCCUGCCGGAAUGGAGGUCCGCUGCUGCUGCUGCCACCGGUAGCUUAAUUCUCAAUGGAUUCCUCAACUCCAUCAGCAGCAGCACCACCAUCAACGGCUUCAACGGCACGAGCACCAGCGCUUCAGCUCCUCGGGCCCCACCCUCUUCUCCUUCUUCUCCUGCUCCCACCAGCUCCAGGUAUGCGUACCUGCUGCAGUGGUCCCCGGAGGCCAUAGGCACCUCUCUGCUGGGCAUCCUGGAUGAACCCGCCCACCAGCGCAAUUGGCUGACCAUGCGAGCCGGGGAGCUGGGGCCGCAGGGGGUGGUUGAGGUGCUGGAGCGGUGCGACAGGUCCACCGAGACGACGAGGACGGACACCGGCGAGCCCCGCACGCCCGGCGGUGUGUUCAGCGUGGAGAGCAAGCGCUACAUGCACGAGAGGCGCGAGGCAGCUGCCCAGCCCCUGCCCCCGCUGCAGCCCCUGCCACAGCCCCCCCAGCCGCUGCGGCCCUACCAGCGGCAGGCGGUGGCACGGGUGCUGGGCAGCUGGGGGCUGCCGCUGCCGCCUGAGCUGCAGGAUGAGGCGGCAGGAGGAGGGGCAGGAGGCGGUUGUGGUGCAGGAGCAGGGGGAGCAGGAGCAGGGGGAGAUGCGGGGCGCCGCAACUGGCUGGUGGCGGCUCCCACGGGAUCGGGCAAGACGCGUGUGUUCGUGGAGGUGGCCAAGUCGCUCAUCUGCCACACUCGGCUGCAUGCGGGUCGUGGUGCGCUGGUGGUGGUGCUGGUGCCCACCGUACUGCUCACACAGCAGCAUGCGGAGGCAUUCCGGGCAGCCGGGCUGGGGGUGGGGGCGGGGGCGGGGCUGGGGGCGGGGGUGGGUGACACGGCUGUGCGGUGCCACAGCUCCGACAACCAGCUGACUGCGGCGGUGUGGGGCGCCUACGUGGCGGCAGCGGGACUGGGGGGAGCAGGAGGAGCAGGAGGUGGCGGCCGGUCUACGGUGGUUGUGGCGACAGCGGACUCCUUCCGCAACCUGUUGGGGCGAGCAGUGCAGCGGGAGCAUGUGGACCUGCUGAUCAUCGACGAGGCCCACCACUGCCACGACGACCACGCCUACGCCAAGAUCGUGGCAGGGCUCAUCACACCCGCGCCAUCGCUCGGGGGCAUGGAUGAAGACGAAGACGAGGAUGAGGAUGACGAGGAUGAUGACGACGAGGAUGAUGACGACGAGGAUGAUGACGACGCCAUGUCCCCCUACCUUCCCUCCUCCUCCUCCUCUGCUGUUGCUGCGGCUGCUGCCGAGCCGCGGGUGCUAGCGGUGACGGCCUCACCCGCGGGAGACGAGAACAUGGACGAGUUGCGUCGCAAGAUGCGGGCGCUGCUGUGCCGACUGGCCGCCAGCCAGCAUGUGGUGGACGAGCGGGAGGCGGGGGUGGCGCGGGUGCUGGCGGCCCCCGCCUGCCGGGAGCUGCAUGUGCGGAGGCGGGCGGAGGACCUGCGGCUGGCGCAGACACUGCGGGACUGUACGGUGGAGGCGGCGCUGGAUGUUGGGCUGGCCCUUCAGCAGCUGGUGCUGGACUCGGGAGCGGCGGCGGCGAAGGCAGCUGCCGGACGGAGCGCCCUGCUGAAGAAGCUUGAGGAGGCGGCGGAGGCGUCCGAGCCCAACAGCCAAAAGUCCCUUCUUGGAGAGUUCAUCGCACAAGCCGCGGAGUUCGCAGCGGCCCACCGCUACCCGCUGUUGGAGCUGCACUGCAAGCUGCUGGACCUGCUGAGGAAGACGGAGGAGCAUGUAGAGGACGCGGGCUACGAGGGCGCGCUGCCCCUGCUGGCGCGCAAGGCGGCGGCGCUGUGUCAGGCUGAGCUGCAGCUGGGGCCGGGAGGCGGUGGCGAUCUGCCGCUGCGCCUCUCUGCGCUGGUGCGGCGACUGCUGGUGGAGGGGGGCAGCCGCAUCCUGCCCGCAGCGGGCGACUCGGCAGCGGCGCUGGUCCGCGAUUGCUUCCUGUCGGGGGAGCUGCAGGAGCACACCACCUUCCCCAAGUUCUGGGCGCUGCUCAAAUACCUGCGGGGGUACGAGGGGCGGGCCUCCUUCCGAGGUAUCGUGUUCGUCAAGACACGGCAGUCCGUGUCCUACGUGGCCGACAUGGUUCGCCGCUCCAAGCAGCUGGCGUUCAUCGAGGUGUUGGAGCUGAUCGGACAGAACGCCGCUUCCAAGCGCCGCUCGCGGCUGCCCGCAGAGCACGAGCGACACGGCCGCGGCAUGAACGACAGGGAGCAGCAGCUGGUGGUGCGGAGGUUCAAGGAGGCGGAUGCCGGGAGCCCCUGCAAGCUGCUGGUCGCCACCUCGGCCGCCGAGGAGGGGCUUGACGUGCCAACCUGCGAGUUCGUGGUGCGCUACAACGCGGCGGCCACCGGCAUCCAGCUGCUGCAGAGCAGGGGGCGGGCGCGGGUGCCGCGGGCCUCCGAGUUCGUAAACAUCCUGCAGGACGGCACGCUGGACGUGCGCCACCACGCACGCAGCCUGAUGCAGGAGGAGAACAUGCGGGCCUAUCAUGCAGAGCAGGUGGCGCUCCGGCAGGCAUGAGUCAUGCAGGGGCGCAGCGUCGACAGAUGAAGCGUUUGGGAGUUGGUUGAAGCUGGGUCACCGGACAGUGCCGAACGUUGGUGGUAUUGUGGGUUGCUUAGCGGGUGAAUGGUAAUUGGGUAAGUCAUGUAAGCUGGUGUGCUUGCGUGCCGUAGAUGUCUGAGCCCCGUGGGGCAGUUGCGAUGAAGGAUUAGGAAGUUCCAACGUACGGCAUGGAUUCACUGUACGGGAUGGGGGUUGCCGUAUAACGUUCCUCUGUUUGAUUUGUACAGCCUACGUUGACCCGCUGAUCAUUUGGUCUUUAACCACUUUCAGACGAUCCAACAUAGCAUACUUGCAUGCUGCACUUGAUAGCAAGCCUGUGAGGUGUUACACAUUUGAACUUGUGCCUAGGCCCAAUAAUGAAAAAGCUAUCAGAUAUAUGGCGGAACGCGCAACCCUGGCAGAGGCGCAACCUCGUAAUGAGCGGUGGACAUGAGGAAUCUUCAAAAUGAUCCAGCGGUCCGAAAGAAGUUCAAGCUGGAUGAGCCAUCACAAGACGAGUAAUACACAAGUGCCACUGCGUCCAUUUUGCCAGUCUCAGUUCUGCGUCCCAUCCGUGCUACCAACGUCAACAUGUCUUUCCGAGUACUGAGCAGACGAGAGGCUAUGCGCAUUCCGCCCCUAUAGAGGCUUCCCCAAUCGCAGCGCAAACUUGUAACAUCUACACUUCGCCUGUUAGCAAACCAGUCUACUGUCUAAGCAGUCCUUC